AUGAGCAACGAGGGCAUUCAGCUUGACUUGAUCAGGGCCAAAGCCUUUAAGAAGCCACCCAAGGGCAGCAUUCUCGACAACCCUGGUGGACCUGGCGUCCUCGUCGAUCUCUGUUACAAAUCCGAGAAAGACCACGGCCGGUUCAUCUGGACACCAUUUAUCGCCAGAGAUAUGCUCUUCAUCGUCGAGGCCCUUGACCAAGGUCAUAAGAUCAACCACUGGGAUACUUCUUACGGCUCUGUUCUGGGCUAUGUUUUUUUUGCCAUGUUCCUUGAUCAUGUUGGACGUUUUGUGCUUGAACAUGCCAUGCACGUCAACUGCUAG